AUGGAGCCUGCCCACGAGGCGGAGGAGGCGCGCACGGUGCGCGAGGCGCUGGGCCGCUACGAGGCGGCGCUGGAGGACGCAGUGCGCGCGCUGCACGAGGACAUGCAGGGGCUGCAGCGCGGCGUGGAGCGGCGAGUGGCGGAGGCGCUGCGCCUGGCGGGCCCGCUGGCGCGCACUGUAGCUGAGCUGCAGCGCGAUAACCAGCGGCUGCAGGCGCAGCUGGAGCGGUUGACGCGCCAGGUGGAGGCGCUGGGCUUGGCAACCGGGCUGCCCCCCACGACUGGCACGCCUAGUCCCCCGCCCGCGCCCAGAGUCCCGGAUCGCGCGCCCCGACUGGGCACCGCACGCUUCGCCAGCCACGCCACCUUCUCACUGUCCGGCCGUAGCCAGAGUGUGGAUCACGACGAGCCCAGUGAGUCAGAGAUGAGAAGAACCUCCAACUCGUGCAUCAUGGAGAACGGGCACCAGCCAGGGGCAGGUCCAGGCGAUGGGCCCCCAGAGACUGCCCAAACCUUCCUGGCACCAGAGUCCCCCAAGCCUCGCCCAGUGAGCCUCUCCUUGCAGCUGCCCCACCAGCCAGUCACUGCUGUCACCCGAGUCUCUGAGAGGUUCUCUGGGGAGACCUCAGCUCUAUCGCCCACAUCUGCUGCUGUCCUGGGGGGCCUCACCCUGAGCCCCAGUGAGACCACCACACCCUGGACCCCAAGCCCAAGUGAGAAGAAUUCCACUUUCCCGUGGUCGAGUUCUGGCUAUGGGGCAGGGACGGCAGGCAGGGGCAACAACAGCUCCCCACUGGUGACACCAUCCCAGUCACCCCCGUCCUCACAACCACCAGCUACCACUCAGGCCCAUCGCCAAGGGGAGCGUCGCAGGGAGCUGGUGAGGUCGCAGACGCUGCCCCGCACAUCAGGGGCACAGGCCCGGAAGGCGUUAUUUGAGAAGUGGGAGCAGGAUACGGCGGGCAAGGGGAAAGGGGAGACACGGGCGAAGCUGAAGCGCUCGCAGAGCUUUGGCGUGGCCAGCGCCAGCAGCAUCAAGCAGAUCCUGCUGGAAUGGUGUCGCAGCAAGACUCUUGGCUACCAGCACGUGGACCUGCAGAAUUUCUCCUCCAGCUGGAGUGAUGGGAUGGCCUUCUGCGCCCUGGUGCACUCCUUCUUUCCUGACGCCUUCGACUACAACGCAUUGAGCCCCACACAGCGGCAGAAGAACUUUGAGUUGGCCUUCACCAUGGCUGAGAAGCUGGCAAACUGUGAGCGCCUCAUCGAGGUGGAAGAUAUGAUGGUGAUGGGCCGCAAGCCGGACCCCAUGUGCGUCUUCACCUACGUGCAGUCGCUGUACAACCACCUGCGCCACUUUGAGUAAAGGCCUGGCUAGCCGAGCAGAAAGCCCAGAAAGAGACCAUGGGGCUGUUCGGCUCAUUUUUCCCACGUCAGGAUGAGCCUCGACAAGGGAGUUGUGUUUGGAUGUCGGCGCGCUGUUUGUUCUGCGGUGUGUUACUGGGCUCCCUUCACGCCCAGCUGCGUGACUGAUUUAAAAGUACUGCCGAGCUGUGCUUCGACAGUGGUGAUCACAGCCAAGGGCUCAAAGAAAGGAGAAAAAUUACCAGAGAGAGAGAGAGAGAAAUUGGUGCUAAGUAAUUAUCUUCUUAAGACAGGCUUGUCGUUGUAGAUUCUGGAAUGCUGAAUUACCCAUUUUCCCUCUGGUGAAUUUGAUACAUUGGCUUUGCAGGGUCACAUUGAUUACCAAGUGUUUUUUUUAUCAAAAUACCCAGAGUUUUUUACUUCCUCACACUAUUGUAGGUUCCUUUCCUCCCUCCCUCUGGGCUGCUGCCAGGAAACAGAGAGGCCGCUUAAUCAGCAGCUUGACAAUCAGCAGCUUGACAAAGAAGGCCCAAGUCUUGGGAAGAAACACUUUAAUCACUCCCAGGUCCUGGGCAACAGAUGACCUUCAAGUCACCUCCACUCUCCGGGGAGAUGGGAGGGCUCUCGCCCUGGCCCCAAAUUGCUUCUGUUUUCCCCAGGAGGCCCCACAAGUGUUCGGCUAAGAAUAGGAUCUCGGGAAGUUAACACUUUUGGGGAAGGACAGGCUCUUUAUGCUGAGAGGUAGUUUUUAUUCAUAUCUCUUUUAGAGGGUUUGCUGCAAAAUAUUUAUGAAGAGAAAAUAACUCUGUCUGUACUGGUGACUGUUUGUACAUAAAAAGAUGUGUCAAACUUCACUUGGAAUUCGUUAUUUCUGCCCGGGAGAGAUGGAGCCACAUGAAAAUCUACUGGAAUUCUCCCUUAGCUGUUUCUGUACCUAGAUCACUUGCCUUUUGUGGUUGUUGUUCCUUGUUGUCGAGUUGGCCCCUGACUCAUGGUGGCCACCCGCACAAUGGAAUUUGACAACUCCUGGUCUAGUGCCAUCCCUGUGAUCAGUUUGGGAUUGGAUCGUUGUGAUCCGUAGGAUUUUCAUGGGCUGAUUUUUGGAAGUAAAUCACCAGGCCUUUCUUCCUAGUCUGUCUUAGUUUGGAAGCUCUGCUGAACCCUGUGCAGCAUCAUAGCAACAUGCAGGCCUUCAGUGACACAUGGGUGGUGGCUGCACAUGAGGUACCUUGGCUGGGAAUUGAACCCGGGUUUUCAUCAUGGAAGGCAAGACUGCUGCCACAGAACCACCGCUAUUCUUACCUAGAAAGCCGAGAAUUACAUUUCUUGCUCCCUGCUUGCCUCUUAAUCCUAAUCUCCUUCUUGUCAAAGGAGCAGGAACAAAGCUCCCUCAGUGGACCUGUCCCUUCGAUGCUGACUAAUGUAUCUAAAAUAAAUAGUCACCCAAGACAGCAAGGUUCGGGGUGGUCCCAUACUUGGAAGAAGCCCAUGAGGGAGGGCUGGUUUAUUUUCACAGCUGUUUGGUGGUAGGAUUGUAAUAGAAAAAUCACAGAGUCUAUAAAGCCACACUGCAUUCUUAGUUGAGAAUCAUUUUAGAAUUGUGUUGGAUUUUAGCCGCCAACUUCUAAAAUUUCCCUUUAAGGAGCUAAUAUGUAUCUUCAUCUUAUGCAGUGAGCUCUGAACACCAGCUCCUGUGUGCCUUCUUGGAGUCACAUGAGUGUCCCUUGUGUGUGUGAGUUGGGGGGGGCAACGGAUGAUUCUUGGUGGUGUCCAGGGCUGCGGCGAAGCCUGCCAGGUGGGCGAGCAGGAGUCUGCUUGUUCAGGCUGCAACCUUGCUCUGUCUUUUGGAUUUCCCUGUGGUCAGAGUCAUCCCGUUCCUAGCUUUCUCAUCUCUUGCAGGCCUGGGAAGGUGAUCCCUAUUAUUAGCAGGGACACAGCGCCUGGGUCUUUUUUCAUCCUGAAGCUUAGGGUUUCAAACCUAAAGCCAAUUUGGGAACACAAGGGCUCUAAAAGAGCAUGCCUGUAUGUUGCUGAGGACUCACACAUGCUAAGUGGAACUCUCCCGGGCCACGGGCCUGACCUUGCACCUCUGCGUGUAAACCAGAGCCCAUCCUGCAAGAAUAGGGACUAGUGUCCUUCAGGUCUCACAGUCAGAAUAAUACAGACUAGGUAUUUCUAAAGUAGGUUCUGUAAUGUUUUUAUCUGUGCUCUUGUGGGGAAAAGGAAGGAUCCUAAGAUUUAGUGCGUUUUAAGCUUGAUUACCUGUAGGACAAAGCCUCGAGAUUCCAAGGCCUGGGGAAAAAUGCCAGAAGGUGGCGCGAUCUCCGAACAUUAGGAAACCACUGUUUCAGAUCAGGGUUGUCCGAAAGUUCCCCAUUUGCGAAACCCAAUUCCAAACUGCCCUCUACUGUGGUACAGAUGGUUUUCAGUCUUUUUUCCUUUCUGGAAAUUAUUUCUCAGAGCUGCUGUUAAGAUUCUCCUGCUUUUCCAGAGAGACUUCUUCACCUGGAUUUUGUUAAAACUUAUUAAGUCUGACCAAACUGGCUUGUGUCUUUCCCCCAAGGGAGUAUUUCGCCAGAGCCGAGGUGGGUUUUAGCUUUUCUGACAGCUGAAGAAUAUUUUUCGAGGCAAGCAAGAGCCUAUAAGCACUUUCUGAAUAUGAUAUAGCACGCACCGGUUAGAGGAGAACGUACAGGCCAGGUGUUUGGGGAACAGUUUGUUAAAGCCAACGAAUUUCGUCAACGUGCUAGAUGAUGAGAGCUUCUCAGCUUUCCCGGCUGCAGUGGUCAGUGCUCUGUAACUAGAGGAGACCAGCAUGAGUGAACAUUUUAUUUUCUGCCGUUGUAACCAGCUCUCCCAGCAAUCGGAUGGAUGACUAAAAAUGCUGAUUCACUUGAUCAUUUUGGGGUGGGACAUCAUACCCUUUGAGUAGAACCAACUGUGGUUUGGCUUUUCCAGCUGGUGACAGCCAACCAACUCACUUAUGCCUGUUGAGACAGUUUGGUUCCGAUAUCCCCCCUCUUGGAGCUGGGCUCUCCCUUUUGCACUGCUGGCUCUGCUGAGUGAUAAAUGCGCUAGCUAUGAUUAUUUCUGAGCCAUCUUAUCUCUCUUUCUUUUAAAGUUGCCUUUGAUCUCUUAUCUCCUGGUGCUUGGACUUGCUUUGACACCAAGCAGCCCCAUAGCCUUUUGAAUGAACACAUUAAAAAUCCCUAGGCCUGUCUCCUCCCUAGAAAGCACCAAACAAGGAGGCACUUCCAGGAAGACUGUAGCAUUCUCUGUGGUAUCCAGGCAGCCUGGGGUGGAGGGAGGUGGUCCAACCAGGUGGAAUAAAGAGCUCAUUGUUGUUAUUGUUAGCCGCUUGUGAGUCUGUCCCUGACCCCAUGCACAACUGGAUUAGACCAUUGUAUGCAUAAGGCUUUCGUAGGCUGGUUUCUUGGAUGUAGACCCCCAGGCCUUUCUUCCUAGUCCAUGUUAGUCUGAAAGCACCGCUGAAACCUGCUCAGCAUCAUAGCAACAUGCAAGCCUCCACCGAUAGAUGGAUGGAUGGUGGCUGCACAUGAGGUGCACUGGCAGGGAAUCAAACCUGGGUCUCCUGCAUGGAAGGUGAGAAUUCUACCAAUGAACCACCAGUGCCCUCAAAGAGCUGGUUGUUAGGUGCCAUAGAGUCAGUUCUGACUCAUAGAGACCCUACGUACAACAGAGCAAAACCCUGCCCGGUCCUGAGCCAUCCUCCCGGUUGUUGCUGUGUUUGAGCCCGUUGUUGUAGCCACUGUGUCGAUCCAUCUCACUGAGGGGCUUCCUCUCUUUCACUGACCCUCUACUUUACUAAGCAUGAUGUCCUUCUCCAGGGACUGAUCCCUCCCAAUAACAUGUCCAAAGUAUGUGAA